GGGGGCGUAGACGGGGCAUGGCGGCGCGGGAACCAGUACAGGAGCCGGAGCCGGAACCAGUGCUGGAGCUGCGCUGGUCAGCCGAGCCGGUAGAUAACACCACUGCUGCCUGCGGCUGGCCGUGGGCCGCCCACGACGGCUGGUGUUACCUGGCGUCUGAGGAGACGGCCAGGUGGCAGGAGGCGGCUGCUGCCUGUGCCGCACUGGACGGCUCGCUAGUAACCGUCAGCGACGAGUCUACGGAGACCAUUCUGACUGCCCUGCUAACCAACAGCGGAGGGUCGGCCGAGGACGAGCUGUGGACGGGAGGUUCUAAUCAGCACCACGAGGGCACGCUCCGCUGGCCCGACGGACGUCCAGUCACCGAGAAAUGCUCGGCCCGGUGGUGCCGCGGCGGCCGGCUGGUGGAGUCGGAGGGACGGAGGACCGGCGCCGGCCGCUGCCUGGCGCUCCAGCUGCUGCCUGAUGGGGAGAUGGCCGGCAGGGUCAGGCCGUGCUCCGAUAGACUGACCUACGUGUGCCGCCGACCCGGAGCGCCAGCCUCUGAGGACGCGGGCUGUAACCGAACGAUCCUCCUCUCGGCGGAGAUCGGACCAGUGACGGUGAACAGCGCCGGUCGGCCGGACCGGUACGGCCCUGACCUGACCUGCGUCACCAAUGUGAGCGGCCCGACCGGCUCCAGGGUCGAGCUCAUCUUCACACGGUUCAUACUGGAACAGGACGACAGCUGUGACUACGACUCUCUGACCGUGCUGGAGGAGGGUCAGGUGGUGAAGCGCGUCUGUGGAGACUGGUCAGCGCGCCUGAAACUCCUGCGAUAUGUCAGCAGCACAGAGAACAUCAGUCUGGUCUUCGUCACCGACUACAUGAACGCGUUUCCCGGCUUCGAGGCCGUGCUUCAACUCGUGACAGAGGAGCGGCACUGCACGUCAGAUGGCACCUGUUUCACGGUCGUCCGCAGCCCCACCGUGCCCUACAGCGGUGUCCGCGACACGUGCGGAAGGCAAAAGGGUGUGCCGGCCAACGUCGGCGAGCUAGAGCAGCUCUCCGAGGUGCUGGGGAGCGGCUCCUACUGGGUUCAACCACCCUCCUUCGUCACUGAGAGCAUCACCAGAGCCACCAGUAGCACCAACGGCACCACCAUCACCACCAAUCCAGACGUUCAUAUCAGCACCAGAGGCCCUGCUGAGGACGACGGCAGCUUUUACGGCAGCGAGGACAUCAGCUUUAUGCCUAACAUCGACACCGACAGUGGCGGUGCAGAAUGCGUCGCCGUGGAGGUGCGAGGUUCCCCUCCGGUCGUUCGUCAGACCACAGACUGUCAGCGGUCAGCCACCGCCGUCUGCCGCCUCCUACCCGGUGACCCGUGGCGGUGGCCGGCCGAGUUGCCCUCGCCGGGUCGGCUGCGUUCACCCGGCUACCCCGCCGGCUACCCUCCGCUGCUAGACCUGCGUACGGAGCUGCGAGCCCCCGCCGGCAGCCGGCUGGCCGUGCGCGUGGAACGACUGCAGCUGGAUGUGCAGCCGGACUGUCUGCACGACUCACUGCAGAUCAGCUGGCCGCCCGACGGCCGGGCGACGCUGUGUGGUCGGCACCACGAGAGACGGCUCAUCUUCCCGCCAUCGAACACAGCCACCGUCACCUUCACAUCUGAUUGGUCCGUGUCGGGACCGGGCGCCAGCCUCUCCUGGUCGUCGGUAGAUGUCAGCAGGUGCACCGGCGAGAUCGUGUCGUCCAUAGAGGGCACUGUUAGCAGCCCGGGCUACCCGCACCUGCUGCCUACUGAUCAGGAGUGCAUCACCUUCCUCCUGGCACCAGGGGACACUCAUCUAGUGCUGCUGGUGACCUCACUGGACCUCUCCUGCGAGCACGGCCGGUUGGAGGUGGGCUCUGUGCCUCGGCCGGGGGACGCUCCGAUAGCCCUCCGCCGGCUCUGCGGCCGACGGAGAGCGCAGAUUCUGCUGCUGGCGCCCGGUCCUUACGUUCGUCUGCAGCUGAACACAGGCAGCAGUCUGGAGAUGGGCACCGGGUACAGCCUGAGCUACCGGGCAGUGUCGGCCGUGGACGAGCUGGUGCCGGUCUCCGUGCCGGCCUCCCCGCGGGCCCGGGUCCUCGAGCCGCCCCUGCUGCUCGGUACCCUGCCCUACCGAGUCGCCCACCGACUGGCCGCCCCCGUCGGCCACAACGUGCAGCUCAAGCUGACCUUCAUCGGCUCCCUGCAGGACACACCCUGCGCCGAUAGCACGACAUACGUGCAUAUCCGGGAUGCGUACGCCCCGGGUGGUGGCGGUGGUGGCGGCGUGGACUGGUGGCUGUGCCCGGGCCCCGGUGCGCGCCACACCGCCUCAAUUCGCUCCUAUCUGCACGUGCUGACGGUGACCCGAGCAGGGGGAGUGGCCGCUCGUCGCCGCCGCCGCCAGCGCCGCCGUCCGGCCCCCUCCGCUGCUGUGUCGGAGCCGCCGGAGCUGACCGUCAGCUACUCGGCUGUACCCGACGGAGCCUUCAACAACAAAAGCAGCGCUGCAGGGGGCGCGGUGGAAGAUUGUGCUCUCCAUCCGUGUGUUAACUCCGGAAAAUGCACCAAGCGGGGAGCCAGUUUCGCCUGUGUUUGUCCAGCUCAGUUUGUCGGCCUGUUCUGCCACAUCCCGGCCUGUGAACUGUCCCCAUGUCUGUUCGGCACGUGCGAGGCCACCGACGCUGGUGUGCGGUGUCACUGCGAUCCACUGCACGACGGCCUGCACUGCGAACAGCGCCGCUCGCCCUGCGACGAUAACCCGUGCCGCGGCCGCGGGCUGUGCACUGAGGCCAACGAUACGUUCGUCUGUCACUGUCACGGCUGGUGGUCAGGCCGCCACUGCGAGACCCGCGUGCUGCACAUACCGUACAAACCGCUCAGCGAGCGGAUGAUCGAAGAGCCCUUCUGGCUGGGUCUCAUCACCGUCACCGUCGUCAUGGUCGGCAUCGGCAUCAUCUGGUGCAUCAAAAAACACUUUGCCGAGCGCAUCGAGCAGUUCUUCGCAGAGGAGAUUGAGAAGAGCAAAUAUUACGGCGGCUACAUGCCGUCACCGUGCACCUCACACGCCCUGCUGCGAGAGUCGCCGGCCGUCUCGCCCCAGCCGCCCCGCAGCCUGCUGCAGCGACUCAGCCUGCGCAAGACGUCGCGCGUCUCCCUGCUGUCCCUGUCUUCGGUGGCGUCGUCGCCCGGUCAUGACCUGCGCAGGAGCGUCGAGGACUUUUUCCGCGCGCCGCUGGGCCACAGACGCUCGCGGUCGCCGCUGAGUCCUCGCUACAAGCGCAACUCGUCUGGGGAGUCGCACGAGCUGGACGCCGAGUCGCGGGGGAUCCUGCGCGGGCUGGUGACUCCGCGUGACCCGCUGGCCGAGCGCAGUCGCAGCUACGAGGAGUUCAUCCAACUCGCCGAGAUGAAGCUGGAGGACCAGCGUAAGUCGGGCUCCCAGUCUGUGGACGACCCGGCGACCCUCGCCGAAACAUCCUUCCACGACAUCAUGGACAGCAAGUUCGACAAGCGCGUCAAAUUUGCAUCUCUGAUGUCACACGUGUCACGUGACAUGAUGACCUCGUCCGGGUCGGACCUGAGCUGCGCCGGCGACGCCAGCAGCAGCUACAAGCCGCAGAAUCUGCUGGGAAGUCGGUCAAGGCGCUCACUGUCGUUCAAGCGCCGCGGCCGGGCGCCGGCCUUCCUGCCAACCGAUGACACGGUGGAGACGACCUCAACGGGCUCUGACCUGACGCCGGACGCUGUGCGGCGCUCGGCACUCAUCCAGUCUCUGUCGACACCGAGCUCACCGCGUCACAGACCUAUCGCCAAGAUCACCAGUGCUGACAGCAUCCUGUCCAUGCUACGCGGCUGGGCCAACGGCAAGUCCGUAUCCACACCGUCCAGCCCGGCCAACUCGGAUCACGGCGACGAGAACCCGCCCGUCGUAGGCGUGUCACCGCCCUCCGCUAACGGCUCGGGACAGACGGAGAAAGGAGCGAUCAGCGCAGCCAACAGUCUGGAGAUUCCCGUGUUCACGGGAGGCAGCGGGAAGACUGGCGGCGGAUCCUCGUCUCAGUCUGUGACGCUCGAGAUCCCGUGCCACGACUACCGGUGUCUGUCACCGAUCACGGAGGUGCCCACGCCGUCCCCCUCGCCUCUGCCGACGCCGAUUCGGAUGGCCCGUCGACCAAUUCACAUCCACAUGGAUCAGCGGGUCUCCGACAUGGACUCUGACGCGUCCACAUCGUUCUCAAUGUCCGGUAACGAACAGUCGCGCACCAGCAGUGCCUCGCUGGACGCUCCGGAGGGUGUCAACCGGACGCCGUCGCCGACACUCAACCGCAAAUACAGCUGCAACUUCCCCAUUCCGAUGGUGAUCAUCGAAACAACGCACACGUCUCCAGAGGAGAGUGACGAAGCACCGCCGCCGUCGCCACCGCCCAUCACCGUGUCAGCGCCUACUCCAUCGACGCCUGCCGUCCCAUCCUGGCCAUCACCUCCAGCCAUCGUCAUCUCGGAGGACAGCGGCGAUCCGGAGGGCAGUCCUCCGUCGCCUCACGUCAGUCCUGAUCCGGUACCGAUGGCGGUGCCGUCCUUUACCUUCCUGGCAGCGUCUCCAACGGACGAGGUUCCCCCACUGAUGCCGCUGCCACAGCCCGGUGAGAGGAAGCUGAGUGCCCCUCACGCGCUCAGCAUGCUGCGGCGGGCGCCGUGUCUGAAGGAGGGCGGCAGGGCCGACUCUCUGGAGCUCCAGCCGCGGCCCGGCUGUCGACUGACGAGGAAUAUGUCCGAGCAGGACUCCGACACGGAUAGUACUAAACAGACGGUCGGUAUGCUGCUGGCGCCGCUCGCUCCGAACGGCGCACACAGUACCUCCGAGUCGAACCUCAGCUCGUCGGGUUACAGUUCGGCCUACAGCCCGGCGCCGUCGCGUUGUUCGUCCAUCAACCCGCUGCUGGAGGAGGCGUGUGGACCGGGCGGAGCGGCACAGCGCCGGCCCGUGCUGCUACACCAGGCCACCCUAGAGGAUGACUCGGCUCUGGGCAGUAACGACGACUGUCUAUCCACGGACCCAGAGAUGCCGCGACCGGCCGAGCCGCCGCCGCCGCCGCCACCCCAGAUCGUCAUCCACCCCCCGGCGCCGCUGCCGUCCGACUCCUCGCUGGAGGAGCCGCAGCGACCCAGCCCGGCCUCGUCGCGCUCGGAGUCACCGCUCAGCGACCGCACCGGGCGCCGGUUCUCGCGGCAGUUCUUUGGAAAGCUGGAGCUGCCGGCUACUGACUCGGACUGUCUGUACGACUACCCGAGCUCGGAGCGACUGACGGCGGCGGUGGCGGGCGGCUCGCAGCGCCGCGCGGGCCGCCGCCGCCGCCGGGGUGCCGUCAAAUGGCGCAGUGUACCCACCGUGCCGCCGGACCGGACCGGCUCACCGUCUGCCGACCGCCAGAAGGCCUGGGCGGCGCAGACCCACCGGAGGCGGGGCAAACAGCAGCGCUCGGAGGCCGGAUGGACCUCGUCCAACGAGUCCGUCGACGUUACCAGGUCGGCUCCCGUUGGGGACUGCCAGGAGCUGUAUCAGGAGUCGUCUGACAGCGAGGUGAGCAGUGCCAGGAGCGUCAGUAGCAGCAGGAGACACCGGCGCAGGAUCAGGAGACAAGGAUCGCUCGACACUUCCGACGACCAGGGAACGUCCGAGUGCGCGGCCGGUGGCCUGGCCGGUCGGCGCGCCUCGCGGUUCCGCGUGCUGGCCACCCAGCUCCGCUCACUGCGCCGACUGCGCAAACCGCGCCCCCUGGUGGUCGGCGGUAGCACCAGCUCCGAGGAGCCCGGCCAGGAGGAGCCCGACGAGCGGACGGCACUGCUCUCCGCCAGCGGGCGCACCCUCACACACUCGUGCAGCGACCCCUGCGAGUAUGGACACUGAGGGGACGCUGAGUCGUGUGGGUAUGGACGCUGAAGGGCCGUCGAACCUUGCGAGUACGGACACGGCCGCAUUGCGUAAAACACUGGGAUAUCGCCGAUCUGCGAGAUGAAUGUAUGGACCUGCGAAUGCGGGCACUCGGCCGCCAUUGAUACAGCAUUCACUCGCUCCGCAUUCCCGCUCCCGCGCCUGAAAGCGCUUAGGGGAACUGAGCUCGGGCUGGUCCCUGUAUAAACCUUUAUUUUAUUUAUUUUAUUUAUUUUUCAAAACAUCCACGGGCAUGGGCACCCAUUGAUGGACGUAGUCCCAUAUACCUACAUAUUACACACACACACGCACACAUACACACACAUACACGGAUGGAAAAUAUCAAGCAGACCUAGGUUCGUUAAAAGUAUGAGAAAAAGCUGCAGUUCACAUCUCCCCGUUCUAUCUAAUGUGCACAGGGCUGCCUCGAGCGGACAUACGCUGCUACUCGUUUCUUAUACUGUAGCUGGCUAUGUUGCCACACAUCGACGUCACGGUUUGCGUCCAGAAACAUAUUGCUGAGCAUCGGUAUGCGAUUGAACAGGCUGUUUUUGACGGUGUUCACCCUAGCGUAAGACACGUGAAAAGUGCUCCAGUUGCGAAGCAGCCGAGUGGGAGCAGCCAAAGGGAAUUGAGCCAGAAGAAACGGGGAGUCGAUGGCGUGGCGGUGAAUGUUACGAAUGAACAUUGCAUCGUGCUGCUCGCGCCUUGCUGCCAGCGUGCUCAUGCCGAAAAACUGGAUCAAGUCGUUGUACUCGAGCGCUGUAUCUGUGACACGGCACCGUGCGCAGAGCCAAAUGAGGAAUUUGUGUUGGAUGCGCUCUAUCCUCUUCAUGUGAGUUUCGGCUGCGCCUCCCCAAAUCACGCUGCAAAAUUCUAGUAUAGAGCGCACGUUUGCACAGAAGGUGCCUAUGAUUGGUUUUCUCAUUGACUUGUCAAAUGUAUGGCCGCACUUUCCGGUCUGAAACGUUCGAAUAAGAAGCCCUAGAGCUCUGUUAGCACGGUGCACCACGGCGUCAACAUGUUCAGCGAACGUCAGCUUCUCAUCUAUGAGCACGCCAAGAUCGCGCAUGACUCUCACUCGCUCCAGCUCGACUCCGUCUAUCGUGUAGGCGCUGGAGACCGGCUGACGCCUCAAUGUCAGGGUGAGCAUCUUGCAUUUAGCCGCAUUGAGCGUCAGGCCCCAUUUUGCAGACCACCGGCACAAAGAGUCGAUCUGGCGCUGUAUGAACUGUACAUCUGCGUCGCUGUCUACCUUCCCGUACAUCUUCACGUCGUCCGCAAACAUGAGUGCGUUCGCCUCUACGUACUCCGGUAGGUCAUUAAUGAAACACGCAAAGAGCGAUGGUGAGAGAAUCCCGCCUUCGGGUGUUCCCGACGUUACCGGCGCCCACUCCGAGCACUUGCCCUUCACAACCACCCGCUGCCGCCUCCCAGACAGAUACGAUUCACACCAAUCGAAAGCUUUGUCCGAAAUAUGGAAAGAAUGCUUUAGUUUGUGAAGAAGCAGCUUAUGAUUAACGCUUUGGAAGGCCGCGGAAAAAUCGGUGUAAAUCACAUCCGUCUGAGAGCCAGCAGAGAUGUUGCUCCAGGCAGCGUGCAGCAUCGUAGCUAAGUUGGUGACGCAUGAACGAUGAGGCAUGAAUCCGUGCUGUUUCUCCGAGAGAACGGGUUUCACAUGUUUAUACAGCGUGUUAAAAACGACGCGCUCCAGAACCUUGCUAAAAAGAGGUAAAAGUGACACGGACCGGUAGUUAAAAGGCAACGCCUUCGAACCCUUUUUGUGGAUCGCCACAAUGUUGCCGCGCUUCCAAGCUGCUGGGAACACACCUUGUUCCAGCGACAACCGGCACAGCUUGGUUACAGGGACCGUCAGCUCAACGGCACAUUCGCUAAUAAUACGCGCGCUUACAUUGUCCGGUCCACACGCUUUGUGCUGAUUGAUGCUACAAAGGAUUCCACGGACAAGUUCCUCCGAGACAUAGAAUGAGCACAGUGGGUCAAGCGCGUGAUCCGGAGCCGACGGCAGCACGGCAACAGCGGGAUCAGAGAAUUUGCUGGAGAACAUGCGGUUCAAUACAUCAGCUUUCUCGCGGUCAUCCACAAUCCUACGACCAUGAUCGACAAGGUGCGACAUUUCACUGUGUUUCCCUUUGAUACAUUUAAUAAAAGUCCAAAAGCGUUUCGGAUUUGUUUUCAGGUCACCUACCAGGCCUUUUAGAUAUGAGUAGAAUUUCACGCUUGCUAUGUGUUUGAACUCUCUACGUUUUUCCCUAAAUGUUGCUUGAUUCUCUGCAGUCUGGUCCCUCUUCAACCGCCGGUGAGCAGACUCCUUCUCCUUGAGUGCCCUCCGAAUCUCCACGUCGAACCAUGGUGGUUGCCUGCGCCUGAUCUGGACGACUGGGACGUGAUCUUGAAUCGCCGCGUUCAGCAGAUCGUAGAAUACGGCGGUGGCGUCAUCCACUGGCAGCCCGUCCAGCAUGUUCCACGGCGUGAGUCGCAGCACUGUGCGCAGGCCCUCCCAGUCGGCCCGCUUGUAGUUGUAAGCAGUAGUCCUAGAUACGACCGGUAGAGGGCAGCGCACGGCCCUGACUUCACAGGCAACCUCCGCCGAAUCACAGCGCGUGUGAACAGUACCUGGUGCAUUUGAGCUCAUUAUUGCUCCAUGUUGACAGUGAGUGUAAAACUCUGACUCAACAGUGCUGAAAACGAACAUAUGACACCUAGCUUGAUGGGUGCCGAACGACUCAAAGAACUAUGCAGAUGAAAUGUGAAACAUUCCGCGAGCAUUGUGUGUGAGUAUAUUGUGAACAUCGACUCAUCUGUGCACAGAAUAGUCACCUACCGUGGCGUCAGCCCUCGUCCGUCGGAGCUCAAUGUACCACUGUUUCAGCUACAGCUGCACACUGUAUACCCCUAUGUGUGAAAGUGGGCCCUGCGUCCCAUUUAAUGCCUUUGCUUUAUGCAUCGACAAGUAUACUCGUAAAUAUUGUAGAUGAUACCAGCCACUGUAGACAUGUUUCAGUUUGUGCUUGAUAAUUGUUCUAUAUUUAAUAUUUAACCACUUCUAAUAACAGCAAACAUAAGCAACUUACAUCGACGGCAUUAUUCACCAGCAGACUGUGAAGUUAUCUUGAAGGCAUAUUUUUGGCAUUGCAACAUAACUUACGAGUGAAGAUGCAACCAUUUUGUGAACCCUAUGUGCGGUAUGUUGUCAGUUUUGUCCGUUCAUAGACCUCUGUAUACCUCUGUAUACAGAGGUCUAUGGUCCAUUAUAAGUGAAGUUGCUGACCCUUGUCUCACACCUGUAGUGCCGCCAAUGUUGCGAGAUUUGUGGAAUGGUUGACUCCGAUAGCAUAACUGUCACCUCACCGUGAUUCCAUGAGUAUUCGUCCCCACCUUCCCUGCACUGUCGCCGGCGACAGUCUCUCGUCACAUGUGUGCAUGCCCUCGCCUUUAUUGUGUACUUAUUUGUACAGACAUAUCAUACUUGGCUCCAGAAGGAGACAGCAGAGGGACUUGAAGACUCCCGUCUUUCAUGCUACACGUGCGAGCAUUGAAGUCAGCGGCUAAGCAACAGAUCACCAGAGUGAAUAUUGAGUAGACUUUGACUCAGGAGAGUUUGCUAUUUAACUAGGUGAUCUGGCGGCCUGAUGCCCUGGCAACGCAUAUACCCGUCAUGUUCAUGUUAAGUUAUUGCUUUUUGUAAUAUGUAUGUUGCGUGUUGAUUAAAUGUUUAAAUCAUGUUUUGAAACGAUAAUUACCCAUUCUUUAUAUGAAUCGAUAUUCAUCAACGUGUCUUUGACAAAUAGAUGGAUAACGUUGCGAUUGUUGCAUGUGAAUUUAUCCUCACUUCACAAUAUACACCGACGCAUC